CCAGUCCACGCAGCCCGCGCCCCGCAGUCCCACCCGCAGGACCCCCGGCCGCGCCAGCGUCUCGCCUGCGCCCCUCGCGCCCGGCCGCGGACUACAAGUCCCGCCAUGCCCCGCCACCGCCCCCCGGCUUCCGGUGCUGCGCAGUUUCCGGAGCGGAUCGCAACCCGGAGUCCGGAUCCGAUCCCGCUCUGCACAUUCCAAAGGCAGGUGUCAGAGAUGGCUGAAGAUGGGAGCGAAGAGAUCAUGUUCAUCUGGUGUGAAGACUGCAGCCAGUACCACGACUCCGAAUGUCCCGAGCUAGGCCCAGUGGUCAUGGUCAAAGACUCCUUUGUGUUAAGCAGGGCAAGGUCAUCCCUUCCUCCCAACUUGGAGAUCAGACGACUGGAAGACGGAGCCGAGGGAGUGUUUGCCAUCACUCAGCUCGUCAAGCGGACACAGUUCGGUCCCUUUGAGUCCAGGAGGGUCGCCAAAUGGGAAAAGGAGUCCGCGUUUCCCCUGAAGGUGUUCCAGAAGGACGGGCACCCCGUGUGCUUCGACACCUCCAAUGAGGAUGACUGCAACUGGAUGAUGCUGGUGCGGCCGGCGGCGGAGGCUGAGCACCAGAACCUGACGGCUUACCAGCACGGCAGCGACGUGUACUUCACCACCUCCAGAGACAUCCCCCCGGGCACCGAGCUGCGCGUGUGGUACGCGGCCUUCUAUGCCAAGAAGAUGGACAAGCCCAUGCUGAAGCAGGCCGGCUCUGGCGCCCAUGCUGCAGGCACCCCGGAAAACAGCGCCCCCGUGGAGUCGGAGCCCAGCCAGUGGGCGUGUAAAGUGUGUUCCGCCACCUUCCUGGAGCUGCAGCUCCUCAACGAACAUCUCUUGGGCCACUUGGAACAAGCCAAAAGCCUUCCUCCAGGCAGCCAGAGCGAGGCAGCAGCUCCCGAGAAGGAGCAGGACACACCCCGGGGGGACCCCCCUGCAGUGCCCGAGAACGAGAAUGUUGCCCCCAAAGAACAGAAGAAAAAGCCUCGAAGGGGGAGAAAACCCAAAGCGUCCAAAGCUGAGCAGCCUCUAGUCAUCGUGGAAGACAAGGAACCCGCAGAGCAAGUGGCAGAGAUCAUUACCGAGGUCCCUCCGGAUGAGCCUGUGAGUGCAACACCGGAUGAGCGGAUCAUGGAGCUGGUUCUGGGGAAGCUGGCCACCACCACCACUGACACCAGCUCGGUUCCAAAGUUCACCCAUCAUCAGAAUAACACCAUCACACUCAAGAGGAGCUUAAUUCUCUCGAGCAGACACGGCAUCCGGCGCAAGCUCAUCAAACAGCUCGGGGAGCACAAGCGGGUUUACCAGUGCAACAUCUGCAGCAAGAUCUUCCAGAACAGCAGCAACCUGAGCAGGCACGUGCGCUCGCAUGGUGACAAGCUGUUUAAGUGCGAAGAGUGUGCAAAAUUGUUCAGCCGCAAAGAGAGCCUAAAGCAGCACGUGUCUUACAAGCAUAGCAGGAACGAGGUGGACGGCGAGUACAGGUACCGGUGCGGCACUUGUGAGAAGACCUUCCGCAUCGAGAGCGCGCUGGAGUUCCACAACUGCAGGACAGGACUCAUAGCACACCCUGGAGAGGGGGGGCCCGGCGGCAGUCGGCUUAGAGACCUACCAGAUGACAAGACGUUCCAAUGUGAGAUGUGUUUCAGAUUCUUCUCCACCAACAGCAACCUCUCCAAGCACAAGAAGAAGCACGGCGACAAGAAGUUUGCCUGUGAGGUCUGCAGCAAGAUGUUCUACCGCAAGGACGUCAUGCUGGACCACCAGCGCCGGCACCUGGAAGGAGUGCGGCGGGUGAAGCGAGAGGACCUGGAGGCCGGCGGGGAGAACCUGGUCCGCUACAAGAAGGAGCCUUCCGGGUGCCCGGUGUGUGGCAAGGUGUUCUCCUGCCGGAGCAAUAUGAAUAAGCACCUGCUUACCCACGGCGACAAGAAGUACACCUGUGAGAUCUGCGGGCGCAAGUUCUUCCGCGUGGACGUGCUCAGGGACCACAUCCACGUCCACUUCAAGGACAUCGCUUUGAUGGAUGACCACCAGAGGGAGGAGUUUAUCGGUAAGAUCGGGAUCUCCUCAGAAGAAAACGACGACAAUUCUGACGAGAGCGCGGACUCAGAGCCUCACAAGUACAGCUGCAAGCGGUGCCAGCUCACCUUUGGCCGGGGGAAGGAGUACCUGAAGCACAUCAUGGAGGUGCACAAGGAGAAGGGCUACGGCUGCAGCAUCUGCAACCGGCGCUUCGCGCUGAAGGCCACCUACCACGCCCACAUGGUCAUCCACCGCGAAAACCUGCCGGACCCCAACGUGCAAAAGUACAUCCACCCCUGCGAGAUCUGUGGACGGAUCUUCAACAGCAUAGGGAACCUGGAGCGCCACAAACUCAUCCACACAGGUGUGAAGAGCCACGCCUGCGAGCAGUGUGGGAAGUCCUUCGCCAGGAAGGACAUGCUGAAGGAGCACAUGCGUGUGCAUGACAACGUCCGCGAGUACCUGUGCGCUGAGUGUGGGAAAGGUAUGAAGACCAAGCACGCACUGCGCCAUCACAUGAAGCUGCACAAGGGCAUCAAGGAGUAUGAGUGCAAAGAGUGCCACCGCAGGUUCGCGCAGAAAAUCAACAUGCUGAAGCACUGCAAACGGCACACCGGGAUUAAAGAUUUCAUGUGUGAAUUGUGUGGGAAGACAUUCAGCGAGAGGAACACGAUGGAGACCCACAAGCUUAUCCACACAGUGGGCAAGCAGUGGACGUGCUCCGUGUGCGACAAGAAGUACGUGACUGAAUACAUGCUGCAGAAGCACGUUCAGCUCACACACGACAAGGUGGAGGCGCAGAGCUGCCAGCUGUGCGGGACGAAGGUGUCCACCAGGGCCUCCAUGAGCAGACACAUGCGGCGCAAGCACCCCGAGGUGCUCGCGGUGAGGAUCGAUGACCUGGAUCACCUCCCAGAGACCACCACAAUCGACGCCUCUUCCAUUGGCAUUGUCCAGCCUGAGCUGACUCUGGAGCAGGAGGAUUUGGCCGAAGGGAAGCAUGGGAAAGCUGCCAAGCGAAGUCACAAGAGAAAGCAGAAGCCAGAAGAGGAGGCGGGCGCUCCAGUGCCCGAGGACGCCACCUUCAGCGAAUACUCAGAGAAAGAGACCGAAUUCACAGGCAGCGUAGGCGACGAGACCAAUUCUGCAGUACAGAGCAUUCAGCAGGUAGUGGUGACCCUGGGUGACCCAAACGUGACCACACCGUCGAGCUCAGUUGGCUUGACCAACAUCACCGUGACCCCCAUCACCACUGCAGCCGGGACUCAGUUUACCAAUCUCCAACCGGUGGCCGUGGGACACCUUACCACCCCCGAACGCCAGUUACAGCUGGACAACUCAAUCCUGACCGUGACCUUUGAUACCGUCAGCGGCUCGGCCAUGUUGCACAACCGCCAAAAUGAUGUCCAGAUCCACCCCCAGCCGGAAGCCUCGAACCCCCAGUCUGUGGCCCACUUCAUCAAUCUGACCACCCUGGUCAACUCCAUCACGCCCCUGGGGAGCCAGCUCAGUGACCAGCACCCGCUUACAUGGCGGGCAGUACCCCAGACUGACGUCCUGCCACCCCCGCAGCCGCAGGCACCCCCACAGCAGGCGGCCCAGCCCCAGGUGCAGGCGGAGCAGCAGCAGCAGAUGUACAGCUACUGAGCUGCGUUCCGGGAAACUCGGGGCAAGAACUGCAGAGGGAUGUUUGGGAUUUGUUUAGAUUUGUUUGCUGGAUACCAAACAAAAAGUCAUACAUUGCAAUGUAAGGUUGACUUAGCUUUGCAGAGUAUCUCCAGAUCCCCCGCCAGCAACCAUUACAGUCCGAGAUCAGCUUAACUCUAGAAGUGACCUCUGGCAGGCAAGAGUUUUAAACUGGAUGGGGUUCCACACUAUGCCUUACCAAGGCAGUAAGUCCUGGGCCGGGGCCCCAUCUGCCUCCCCUUAAAGAACCAGUGUUCACUUGACACAGGGUUCAGGAAAGUGAGGCUGAGAGAAAAGCAGGAUGGUAAGAGGCAGAAGAUAAGUUAUUAGGAACACCAAUGGUUUUUCUUUUAGAGCUUGGUUCCUGUCUGAGAACACAGACAGUAUUCACAGGUGGCAGCAGGGAACGUUUUCUCCUCGCUUCUGGUUUUUGCAAGCGAACAGAUAGAAGUUAAAGUAACGUUUAUUCUCUUUGAACUAGGAGUUGAGUCGGUUCUUAUUCAACUAUGGGCUGAAACCACAUGUGAGGUGUGCUGAGCCGCAUGUGAUCCUGCAACCUUCGAGAUCAAGCUCAUCAUGGACAAGGGGUCACGUGAGGUCACUGACCCCAGCUCAAAAGGCAUCUUAGUAAUAUCCGUGAAUCGAAUUCCAAUAGUUUUUUUUUUUUUAACUUUAUUUCAAACAUACAUUAUGUGUUCAAGGCUGUUAUGGCCAACAUUGUGUUUUAGUUUUAUGUUAACAUGAUAAAGUCGUGUGCACUGUAGGACCGUCGGUCCCUGUCCACCCUUCACAGCUGCCCAGAUGCAGAGGGUCGUGCAGCUGAGAAGUGAGCCUCCCUGCGGCCGCCAGUGGCUCCCCCGGGUUGUCUCAGGAUUCUCUGCAAUCCAAAUGUGUCCAUUCUGGCUGAAGCACAGCUAGAAUCCCCCAAGUGGAAGAAAUGGGGGGAAAUUUGUAUUUUCCUUCUGUUUAAACUUCAAUCCCAAAAGUUGGUGUAUUUCAUGACCAGUUUUCUAUAAAAAUACUGAAUGAGUUUGGCUCUUUACAGUGGAAGUGUAGGUAUUUCGGAACCACAGAGAAAAUGCCGUUUCCUGCCAGGUGGUAAUGAAAGCAGAGAGGCUAGUUCACUAAUAGAAGCAUUAAUUGCCCCCAAAACUGAAUGUGCGGUUAACAGCCAGGUCUGUGUGUGCGGGGACACGUGCUGUCAUGUCUGCAUACCAGUUUCAGGGCAGGGGCCAGGGUUCCAGGGUGGGGGGAGGCACCCAGCCCCUCCUGCCCACAAGAAACACUGAGCGGUGUGGGGAGAAGUGUGCUCUUAACUUUCCUGGUACUCUGUUGAACACUGGCCACAGUGAGAGGACAAACCUGCCUUAAUGUGUCCUGCUUUGCCAGUUAUCCCAGAUCCUGUACUCACUGGGAGUCCAUCUUGAGGAAACACUGGCAUGGCUGAGUAAUUGCUGAAGAGCAGUCCUGAUGUUGCCAGCAGAGCAAAGGAUGGUUGUGUUUUUCAAAAUGCAACUUUCUCAGCACCUCACUCCACUCCAAACCGGACUUUUGAGGAUAGCGCUGGAAUUUGUUUUGUGCAAUAUAUGCCUUCGUGAACUAAGGAAAGUUCAUCCCCAGGCAGCACGCAGGAGGGUCUGCGGGGCUCACCACCUCACCUCACGCACCAUCACUCGCGCCCAGCUCUCACCUCUUAGUUGAAUGAAUAGUGGGAGAUCAUUUGACUUUUAAUUUAUGAGAAUUAUUUUAUGUUAUUUAUGUAUAUAAUUAACUGUUUUAUACAUAAUAGUUGCAUCAAAUGAACUCAGGCUUGGGGUGAUAUUGUCUCCAUUCUCCAGAUACAAGUGCUGCAGGCAUCCAUGGAAUCAGGAGACCAGGGCUUCUAAGAUAUAUUUUUAAAAAUCAGUAUCAAUUUCUUUUUGCCUUUGCAGAAUCUGAAGGGCAAAUGACCUCGCAGAGACUCCCAACAGGCCUUGGGCUCAUGACGAACCACCCACUAGCAUUGAUCUUUUAUUCCUCUUCUCUAUAAAAUAAAGGCCUUGGAAAUCACAAUUUUAUUUUUUUAAAGAUGUUGUUUUAGUGCCUAGAGUAAGACCGCAUCAAAUGUUUUUAAAGAACCUAAUUUAGAUUGUGUGGUAUAUACCACUGCUUAUCUCAAUACACAGACACCUCAUACUUCUUGUUGUGAGAACUCUAAAGAAAAACUCCCAAGUUUUCUGUAAACAUGUGGUCUUAAUAGGGUCACUGUCUGAGGCAAAGUGGGUUGUCUUAAAGCAAUUGCUACGAAUUUGCAUAAAAGAAACUAGAUAGCAAAAUACAACCACCACGUGCCACCCAGCCAGAAGAGUCCUCAGCUGUACACGGUUUUGCUAUCGAUCAUCGUGACAGGAAGUAUUUCGUUUUUAAACUGAUCCAAGGUGCACAGAUGUAUUCAUAAAGGAAGACAUUAGAUCCAGCCAUUGUGGAGCCAUUGUGGCCAGCAGGCUCUGUGGACCCAUCUCAGUGGAGAAUUUGUUUUGGACCCAUGGCUCCGUGCAUCUGUGGACUCGAGUACCAUCCGCUGGUGUGAGUCUUGCAGGGAGGCCACAGGUACAGCUGCUCCCUGUGAAUCUGGUCUCUGGGUUGAGAAGGGGCCCGGGCCUCUGCAAUGCUCUAGCGUGUGACGUGUUCUCAGGAAAACGUUCUGUGCCAAGUGCCGCCUCGCUGUGUCCGGCAUGGGACUGCGCUGGAGGGACCGGCAUGGAAGGCAGACCUCCUGUACCUCUAUCAUUCCCAUUUGCAGCAUCCAAAGGCGGAAGGCUCAUGGCUUCCCUGCUAGAAGUGGCAUCUCGGGCCUUCCUGUUGGAUUUUGAAAGGCAUUAAGACUGUUUGGAGAUGUUGGGUGUAUUUCGUGUCACAUCCAUUUGUAUGAUGAUGAAUAAAAGGUGCUGUGACCCGUGUUUUCAA